AAAAUUUACGAGGGAAAUGUCUUUAAAGUAAACCUUACGUGAGAUGAUUACCUUCAAAAUGACCUGCGUAGCUUGAAGUUCAAUGGCCUUGUUCACAUAAACCCAAAUAGCUCGCGUUUAUGUCUUAGCUGCAUAGCAGCAUAGGAGACCAUAAAAGAUUGCUUUGUUAGCAAAGUCACGCAUCACAAAUCUAGCACCAUUAGCAAGAGAAAUAGGGUCAAAGGCACUACCAGUAUUGCAUUUAGUCCAACCUAAAAGAAGAGGCAACCAUUUAAACUAAAGGAUUAAGUGUGGGAAGAACAGAAGGAGUUAUGGACAAAGCAGGUUCAAGAACAGUAUAAUGAUAAUAAGAUGAGGUUAGGAGUUCAACGUUAUUAGCGAUGUCGUACCAAUGUCCAUUAAUUGACAUUAUAGUUGCAUAAUUGAUAUGCGCCCAGUUGUCUUACACAGCCUAUAUAUAUAAAUGAGCUGGAAUUCUGAAGUUCUGUUUAUGUCACCAAUAUUUCUGGAGAAAGGGAGUGAUGGAGAGUGCAGUAACUGCUGAUGAGAUGAAUCCGUCAGGCUCAAAGGGGAAGUUGGUAACCGUGUUGAGCAUUGAUGGUGGUGGUGUCAAAGGUAUAAUCCCUGGAGUUAUCCUCGCUUUCAUUGAGGCUGAAUUGCAGAAACUAGAUGGAGAGGUGGUGAGAUUGGCCGACUACUUCGAUGUUAUUGCAGGAACGAGCACUGGUGGCCUGAUAACCGCCAUGAUAACUGCUCCUAACAGCAACAACCGUCCUCUCUAUUCUGCCAAGGACAUUGUCCCAUUUUACCUUCAGCAUUCUCCAAAUGUAUUCCCUAAUAAAAACAGUGGGAGAAUGCUUGGGUCAGCCGUAAACCUUUUCAGUACAGUGACAGGACCCAAAUAUAGCGGACACUACUUUCGCUCUCUGGUGAAAAAACUUCUUGGAGAUACCAAAAUUAGCCAAACAUUAUCAUCUAUUGUUAUACCUACUUUCGACAUGAGGCUUCUUCAACCUAUUAUCUUUUCAACCAGCGAGGCAAAGAGUAAUGCUUCAAAAGAUGCUUUGUUAUCAGAUGUGUGCAUUAGUACAUGUGCUGCCCCAACGUAUUUCCCGUCUCAUUACUUUAAAACCAAAGACUCUGAAGGAAAAGUACUCAAGAGAUUCAACCUUGUAGAUGGUGGAGUUGCGGCCAAUAACCCUACUCUACUAGCAAUGACUUCCAUCGCAAACGAUUUACUAGAUAACAAUGAAGACUUAGCACCCAUCAGAGCCACAGACUACAGAAAAUAUAUGAUCAUAUCUUUAGGAACAGGAAUCACCAAGAAUGAAGAAAAAUACAAGUCUUCAGUAGUCUCCAAAUGGGGUGUUUUAGGGUGGUUGUAUGAUGGAGGUAAUGUUCCUCUUAUUGAUGCUUUCUGUCAAGCAAGCGCAGAUAUGGUUGACAUCCAUGCUUCUACUCUCUUCAGAGCACUCCACUGCCAGGAAAACUAUUUACGCAUUGUGACAGAUGAGUUAGUCGGGAAUACAGCAUCAGUGGAUAUAUCGACGAAGAAGAAUAUGCAAAAAUUGAUUAAGAUAGGCCAAGAUCUACUGAAGAAGACUAUGUGUAAGGUUAACUUAGAAACCGGAAUUUCCGAGGAGAUUGAAGGAGCAUGCACCAACGAAGAAGCCUUAAUCCAUUUUGUUAAGAUUCUCUCUAAUGAACGCCGGGCUAGGCUAGCCAAAUCUGCAUUCUAGUAUUUAAUUUGAACAUUUUGUAGUAUAUGAGAAAAUGUAUCUUGGUACAGUAGA